GGAAAAGGCCCAACCGCUUUAAAAAUAAUUUUAUACUCAGGGUCUCUAUAGACGCUGAUGACGUCACGACUCUGUGUUUAGUGAUAAAAAUGGCUGAGUGCGAGUGUUUCUGGUGAUGACCUUUAUUUCGUAGGAAAAAUGGAUGGGGAACUGUUGUCGUUGAAGUGGAACAACCACCGUACGACGUUCUACCAUAUCAUAAGUGGUUUGAGAAAUAAGGAAUCGUAUACUGAUGUAACUCUCGCCUGUGAUGGAAAGUUCUACCCCACCCAUAAAUUUGUGCUGUCAACAUGCAGCCAAUAUUUUCAACAGAUUUUUGAUAGGACACCAUGCAAAAACCCAGUGGUAGUGUUGAAAGACAUCCAGUGCCGGGAUCUGGAGUUCCUCCUGGACUACAUGUACAUUGGUGAGGUGAAUGUGCGCCAGAAUGAACUCACGUCGCUCAUCAAGGCCGCCGAGUGCCUCCGAGUCAAAGGGCUGGCCGUGCCCGACGAAGAGCCCAAAACGAGUGCAAGUUCGAGUAGUGUUUCGAAUUCCGAGAGACAUCGCCCCGAGCAAUCUAGUCCGCCCGCGAAAAGGCGACGUGCCGAGGAGCGCCGAACCACCCCCUUAGUCACUGACCAAAGUCCGGGAAGACCCCCUGGGGAUAGGUUGGGCAGCCCUGACCGCAGAGACACACAGUUAUCCAAAACCGACGGUAGUGCGUGCGAUGAGGGCCAGGGUGAUGGGUCCGAACUCAUAGUGAUUAAGGAGGAGAAAGAGGACAUGCAGGACGAUGUAGUUAAUGUACAAAAUAGUUUUGAUGGGGGGGAUGAUGAUGGCGACGGCCCUCAUGACUCCGAGGGCAAUACGAACGAAUUUCCAGAGUUCCUUCAGUCCACCAUUGAAAAAGAAGAACCAGUAGCUAUAAGUGAAUUUAAUCCCGACUUCCCGGGGCCCUCAGGUCUCCAAAAUAGUGGCUUGAACCCUUGGGAAGGAGAAAAUAGUACAACAAGCUUCCCAGAGGGUCUAUCUGGGGCAGUAGCAGCAGCCGUUGCUGCUGCUGCACAGCCGCAGCAGAGACAACAACAGUUGUGUCACCAAUGGUUGGAACAGCUGCGCAGGGUGGGCGCCCUCAAGGGCAAGGCCAAGGUGACGUGCCCUUUGUGCGGCAAGGUCUGCAGCCGGAGCGACAAGCUCAAGCUGCACCUAAGGACCCACACGGGCGAGAGGCCCUACCGCUGCAACUUCUGCCACCACCGCAGCCGCACCAGCGACGACCUGAAGCGCCACAUCCGCACCCACACCGGGGAGAGACCCUACCAGUGUCCUUAUUGUCCGUACAGAGCCAGCGACCCGUCCACAAUCCGCUCCCACAAGAAGCAUCGCCACCACGACCUCUUCUACCAGGAUAGGUACCUGCAGCAGCUCGACCAGGAGAGAGUUAAGCAGGGACAGCAGCAGCAGCAGCAGCAGCAGCAGCAACAGUCACAGCAGCAGUUGCAGCAACAGCAAGUCGAUUCGCAAGAGUGAUCUCGAGAAGACAGGGAGUGAGAGAGAGAGAGAGAGGUUUGGUUUGUUUUCUUAAAAGAACUUUAUGGCCGCCUUUGUUGAGUUCGCGGUGGCUCGACCCAAGAUGCACUGGCUUUAUUAGUUUGGUUUUAACAGUUAAGGGGAGCACCACUCACCCUCUUUCUAAAUAGUAGCACCAUAACGUUCGCCUUUCGGCUGCGUACUUCUGGAGUGUGUAGGAUUAAGCAGAAAGUAUUUUAUUUGUCGUUGUAUAUCUAGAUUCUAUUGUAUACAGUCACAUUUUAGCCAUGUGAAUCAGGCUUAUUGACCAGACUAAAAGUAUUUUAGUGUAUCAUUUUUCACUAGUGUACAGUCACGAAAUAGAUUGUAAAUGAUUUUCCCCUGUUACUGGUUUUAGAAUUUUGUAGGUAAUGUGAAGGUUUAUAUAUAUAUAUAUAUCUGGGAAUAUUAGUCAUUUUGUGAUUUUUAAUGCCUCAUACACACACUUAAACAUACCUCUGCAAUAUUUUGUUGUUGGGUCAGACUUUAGUUCUUAUAUAUACAGUAUGUAUACAAUAAUAUAACAGAUUGAUAAGGUUUUAUAUUUUAGCCUGUUCUAGUCCCUCACUGACUUAGCCUGCCGUGUUGUUCAUCUGCAUAUAGAUAUGUUUUGAAGCUUUGAUGGUAACACCCAGUUGCAGUCUGGCUUGUUUGUAUCAACUGAGAAUCCACAGUGUCACUAAUGGUAUUACAAUAUCAAUGAAGUAGUUCUUUCAGAAACAUUUGCUGUCUGUACUACGCAGCACUCAGAAUACAGUUUCACCUUUACUCUGAAUUUGCAUACAAGUUUUCAUACUUUGUCAAACCAGUUUUGGCUCUUUUUCAGUCACUUGAACACAACACAUGCCUCACGAACUGUUCACGUUUGCGGCAGUGCAAUGGAUUUGCUACAUUUUGUAGGGAUACAGCAGUCACAUUGAGCAUAACACUAAACUAUGGAGUGAUGAAUACAAAAGAUACAACCUUUUGCUUAUAGUAUUUAUGGGGAUACAGUAUUCAGUGGGGUGAUACUUUAUAUGCUUUAUAUACAAAGCAUACAACACUGGAUGCACAGUGAUGGGAAGGAGUACAGUACAAUACAUACUUGGUGUACAUACUGUGAAAAUGCACUUUCAUUAUAGAAUUGUGCAGGACUGAGGAAUUACAUUGCAGUGUCCAGUGUAUAGUACGUAUUAAUUUAUUGUUAUCUAAUAACAGCUGUAUAAUUUUUAUCACUUUAAGGGGGAGUUAGGGGGGAUCUUUCCUUAUUUUUCAGCUUCCUGUGUUUCUGGAACUGCUGGAGACAAGUUUAUAUUUUAUGAUUAUGUCUAAAAUAAAAGAAUUUUGACAUUAUUUAUCAAGUAGAAAUUGCUUUUGAAUAUUUAGCUGAAGGAGGCUACAAUGUGGCAAUAAAAUUAUAUGAUUGUUUUCAACAGGGAUUAUGUAUUUCCUGCUGUUAGCCUCUCAGUAUCAAAAUUAGGGAAUAUUGAAACCUUGCAUAGAUUAAUAAUAAUUAUAAAUCAAGUACAAUCCUAAAAUCGCAGCGAGUAUUAGUCUAUUGCUGUACGUAUAUGUUUCCUUUGUUAUUUGCAUGACAUAUGAGGCAAAUGGGAAAAUACGAUGUACGUACCUAUUAACCGUUUCAGUCACUAGGCCCAUUCAAAUCCUGUCUGUCCUAGAGCCAGAGCUGUGGUAGGCAAUUUUUUGUACUUUGAGAGCUGGCUGAAGUUAUUCAAGCCAAUACAUUCCUCCUAUUUUCAUGCAGAAUACCUGUGCUAUACAAACACCACCCACUUAUGAACAUUCAACUUACAAGCGUUCAAAGAUACAAACAAACGAAAUCGCAAAUUAAAGUUGUGUUCAGAGAGCUCCCCUUUCCACCUGCAAGUUCACAUUUUCUUUUGCACGCCUAUACUGUACACACACCACUGUAUAUAUAGUGUAUUAUGUUUGAGGAUGAAAAGAUUUUGUAUCAUACUGUAUUUAAAUAGGCAUAAAGAGUACAGUAACCAAUAUACAAUCAAUUCAGCAUACAAACACCCAUCCUGAACAUAUGUAACUUGUUUGCAAGUAGGGUGGUUUCUGUAUAGUAGAACAUUCAAAAGUAACAAAGCAAUUAAAAAAAAAUGGUCAAAGGACACAGUUAAAGAUAGCUAAAAAUAAUGCCAGUGCUUCAUUAGUGAUCCAAAUGGUUAAGAUAUGAUUCUGUUGCAUUCCAGUUAGGUUACCCUGUUAAGCAGCAAACUUUCCUUUUAUUUGUCGUAUUUUGUAACGUCCUGUAUGAUUGUCUUUGUUCAGUUUCACAGUAACUUGUCAUUUUGUAUUUUACCAUUUUUUUUUUUUCACAACUCUUUGUGUUUUAUUUCCUGAAAGAAUGCAAAAGCGAUUAGGUUUCUUAGAGUUGCUUUCCAUAAAACACUUUUACAAUGUGUACGUUUGAAGUGAGUACAGGCAGUCCCCUGUUGUUGGUGGCCUCGGUUAUCAACGAUCUGGUUUUAUGGGGCUGGUCUAGCAACGAAAAUCGGUGAUUGUCAGCACUGAAAUGUGCUGAUUUCUGCUUAUCGGUACUGAUGUACAGUGGACCCCCCGUAUUCGCAUUCUCCGGAUUCGCGGACUCACACAUUCGCGGAUUUCUUUCGGGAACGUUUCCCCGUAUUAUUCGCAGAAAAUUUGCACAUUCACUGUAUUUUUCUAUGAGAAAUAUCCACAAAUUCCUGGUUUUUUUUAUCAAUUUCAUCAUAAAAUGCACUUUCUGUGAUAAAACUAGUAAAAAAACAAGUACUGAAAAUUUUUAGUGGGUUUUCUUGAGUUUUAACUAACAAAAUAGGCUGUUUUUAGUGUUUUUAUAAGGGUUCCAAACAUUCGUGGGUUCUAACUAUUCACGGGGGGGUCUGGUACGCAUCCCCCGCGAAUACGGGGGGACCACUGUAUACCUAACAGAGGCACCGACAUACAAUUAUCGGUGCCUAUAAGCACCGAUUUUCGGUUAUCAGCGAUUUUCAUUUAUCAUCAUGCCAUCGGAACGGAACCCCCACUGAUAACCGUGGACUGACUGUACUGUAAUUUUAUACUGUAUCAUAGUAGUAAGUUUAUGUAUGUAUUAUAAAGUUACAAUUUAAGGAUUGUUACACAAUAUGAAGUAAAAAAUAAAAAUAUAUAUAUCAUUCUAUAAAAAGAUAAAACUUGUUUUUGGCAAUUUGUAAAUGUAUAUUGAAGGUAAUCUCUGUUAUUUCUCAAAUUUAAGAGGUCAUAUUCAAUGUUUCAUCUGUCAUUGUUUUGUACUAGCCGAGGAAAUGUGGUGGAUGCUGUCAUUGGUGGUUCAUAAGUCAGUCUACAACAGUAAAAUCUUCAUAAUUCUUAAUAUCUUUCGUAUCACUUUGUGAAUUUGUAUUCUAUCCCUUUUGAGUGGUCCAUCAUGUUGUGUAUGUACAGACCAAGGCCCGACCAUUGUAUUUUGAUAAAAUUGCUCAAAAUUCGUAAGUUUAGUAUACGUACUGUCUAAAUCCAUACAUCUCGGUGAAUUAUACUGUCUGUAAAUUUGAUCUAGCUCAAUAGAAAAUUAAGUUAUAAGAAGCAAAAGUAUGUCCCCUCUUUUCAGGAAUGUCAGUGUAAACAUACCAUGCUUUUACAUUAGGUUUUUUUUAUAGUAUUUUGUUUUUCAGACUGGAGGUAAAAAUGGGAAUUAUAAAAGCCCUAGAUUUUCAUUAACAAAUGUUGAAACUAGGAUAAAAGCUGUCCAGCCAUGAAAUCAAUUUUGAAGGCCUUUAGUUGCGAAAAAAUACUUUGAUAUGACUACCCGUUUUAAGGUGAUGAAAAGUUUAUUUAUUACAGAACAAAAAUCUCUAGUUUUUGUGAGGCUAUUAAAAUGUUAUUUAUUAUGAGACCUAGUUCUUAUGUUAGAUCCUUUCUAAUUCAAGUGAUUAAAUAUAAAAAAAGAGAAAUGGAGGCCUUUUGAUAUAUUUUCAGAGGUGGAAUCGAUAAAGACCUGACUGUUAUGUAUGUUUUUCCUUCAGCAACCUUAUAUGGAAGGUGUUGUAACCAAAUGCAGCAACAUACUUGUAAUUCUUUACAGCCUCUUCCAUCACCUUUCCCUUUUUGCAAAGGGACGAUUAUUCCUCUCAGCCUUUCCUUUGAAAUAGCAGACAUUUGUACCAAUUCAAUUUAUAUCAGUGCUAUUGAAUAAUUACCUGUUUUUAGUGGUUUAAAAUCAGUAGUUUUUGUUAAAGGUUUUAUUUUGAAUAUUUUAAAACGCAUCUAUUUUUUUUUUAUUAAAAAAGAUAUCUUUGUCGUGAAUAUCCAUUCCAUUUAUGGAAGACUGAAUGUGUACAAGAUUGAUCUUUGCACUCUGCAAAUACAUCUGUAUGACAGGUGUUCUGUGGCAACAUUGUUUUGUACAACAGGUAUUCUUUUGUGACUACCUACCUCGUAGUAAGAAGCCACUGGUUCUCCUAAUUUAUUGGUUGAUAUAAUUUAGUUUAUUAUUUCUAGUGCCAUAUUGUCAUCUGGUGGAACAACUGGGAAGGUGUGACCCCCACUCUGUCGUACUGUAUAUUUCAUUCCUGAAUAGUAUGUAUGGUAAUUGAAAAA